AUGGCGAGCUGGUACUCCUACCCCCCGGAAAUCCGGAGCAUGAUUCUGGAUCAGGUAUUCCAGACAGGCGCAGCUUGCCGUAACCUGGGCGCCUGCGCGGCAGUUUGUCGUGAAUGGCAGACGUACAUUGAGCCCAAGAACUUCCGUCGGCUCGUCUUGAACCACUCCUGCGUUGCUGAUUUUGGCCGAAUCUUGCACAACAGGACGUGGAUGGUACAGCAUAUCUGGUUGCGCAUCGAGCUUCCAAGAUAUCGCUGCACCACGUGCUGCCUUCCCGAGACGCGCAAACAGAAGCAAACAAACAACCAAAUCUUCACAAAGGCUCUGUUUCAGCUUCUGGAAAUCCUUGGCUCCUGGGAAGAUGACUCCACGGGUAGAUAUGGUCCUGUGGAUAACACGGGGCCUGUCUUGGAGCUCAGCGUACACUCUCCGAGUGACAUGAAGCACCGCAAUGACGUCUUUGCCCUGGACAAGGAUGUCUAUCCGCACAAGCUCGACGAAAGUUGUACGUCUGAGGAGUUUGACGACUACGUGGAACGCAAGUUGCGGAAGGAUUUCGACAGAGGACAAGUCUGCACGGCGGCCGUUGGCAACAGGACAAGCAUCGAACAUUUACGCAUGUUUGCAGAAAUCCAACUGGAUUUCGAGGGGCUCGGAUAUUUGGAGUUCCCAACCGUCAAUUACACCAAGGCGUUGAUAGUUCGUCGGCAGUACUAUCGGAGCUUCAAUCCUGGAACGGUUGCUGAGAUUGCCAGGAGCUUUCGCAGAAUUGGUAGCUUGGCCUUUGAGCCCAUCACGCGAGAUCCCAACCCUUUCAGCGAAGGUAUGUUCUUUUCCGUCUACCUUUUCUGUAUCUUUCUGUAUUUCGACAUGGACUAA